AUGAGAGCAGUAAAGCUUUGUGCCGUAGCCACGUUGGCUUUUGCUCUCGCAGUACUUGCGCAAGUUGGGACUAUCUCAGACCUCCCACAAUGCGGCCAACAAGCCAUUCUUGAAGCGAUCCAAACUUCAGGUUGCCCACUGACGGAUGUCGCCUGUAUGUGUAAUAACAACGAGUUUGUGGACAGCCUCGUGGCGCAAAUCCCAGAACUCUGCAGUCCUGAAGACAGCGUUCUUACGGCCGAAGGCUCUAGUGCUAUUUGCAUAGCGUAUGGAGUAGAGUUAGACCUUCCUGAUCUUGCUGGAGGCUCGAAUUCGACCAGCACCACUGUGACAGCGUCCACUGCAGAGACCAUCACUCCAGCUUCAACAGCUAUCAGUGCGAGUGCUACAAGUGAAGCCAGCAGCAGUGCUGAUAGCAGUAGCGGCGCAGCAGAAAGUGCCUCCAGCAUCUCUUCCAGUGCAUCAGAAACCGCAACAGCAUCCGCCACAGAAAGCUCAGCUGCAGCGGAAACUGGCAACGGAGGCAUGGCAAACACUGUUGGUCUGUCGACUCUGAUUGCAGUAGUCCUGUUGGGGGUGGCAGCGACUGUGUAA